AUGGCACCAGCUAACAAGGGGAUUCUUCCUUUGCUCCUUGCCAACGGCUUUUUGAAUUCUACAUUACCAUCUAUACCAGAGUUCGAUCAACUGCCAUCCUGUACAGGCUUACCGCAAGGAUGCGCAUGGGGGGUUUUUGACGAUUCUGAGGCGAAAGACGUAUACGGCACUCUGAAUUUACUAACAAAAGAUAUCAUACUCAGCGCAAAACAGGAGAUUACUGAAGGCAUCUCUAUCUCUCUAAGCUGGAAAUUAGAUGGAUUCUUAGGCUCCCCAACAAAGCGAAAGAAACUGAACAACACGCUCAUAAAUUUAGCAGACUCCGGUCUUGGCUCAUUUGGCUGGGAUGAGGAAAUAAGCUUUAACACUCAGAUCAGUAGCCACUGGGAUAGCUAUUGUCAUUAUCCACAUCAGGUAACUGGUCUCGCAUAUAAUGGCGCUCUAUGUACACGGGAGCAGCUUGCGGGUAGUGCAGUUAGUUCUAUAGGACCUCCGACUCUCGACCAAUGGCAAUUGAGAGGGGGGGUUGUUGGCCGUGGAGUUCUGCUUGACUAUGUCAGAUUUGUGGAGUCUAAAGGCAUUCGAAUAUCGCCAUUCGAGCACCACAGUAUCACACCACAACUACUUGAAGAGGUUGCGCACUCUCAAGGCACAGAAUUCCAUGCUGGAGAUAUCCUUGUCGUAAGGACAGGAUUUGUUGACGCACUCUCCAAACUGAACAAAGAGGAGCAACUCAAUGCCACAAGGACUGGGGAAAGUAUAGGGCUAGAACCCAGUCGUGAAAUGGCUCGUUGGAUCUGGAAUCAUCAAUUCGCCGCAGUUGCUAGUGACAACCUAGCUGUUGAGGCGCUGACUGCACAUAAUUCUUCUACCCUCCAUCAUUGGUUUCUAACUAUGUUUGGCAUGCCCAUUGGAGAGCUCUGGCAACUCGACAAGCUGUCAGAACAUUGCCACAGAUCCGGAAAAUACACCUUCUUCUUGACCUCAAUUCCUCUCAAUGUUCCUCAUAUGGUUGCCGGCCCUCCAAACGCAUUGGCUAUUCUCUAG